UCGAUGCCCGACUUCCCCCACGCACCUUGAUUCUUUUUCCACCAACUGCAGACCUCGAGCAAAAUGGCGACCGAGAACACGGAGACCAGCGCGGAAGCUGCGAGGAAGCGCGGUAAUGAGUUGUACAAAAAGGGAAAUCUAGGGGCAGCCGAGAUUGAAUACAAAAACGCUGCAGCAUUGGCACCAGAUGACCCGAGCCCGCUAUCCAACUUGUCUAGCGUCAAGUUUGAGCUGGGCCAGUACGCUGCAGCCAGCGAGUAUAUUCUCAAAGCUCUUCGGCUAGCUGGCGACGGCGAUGGCGACUCUGAUGAAGUGGCUCUUCGGAAGAAGAGGACGCUUCGCGAACGGCUUGGAAAAUGCUACAUGCACGAAUCGCGAUUCGGCGAGGCCCGCGAGAUCCUCGAUGAGCUGUCUGAUGAAAGUCUUGCGGAUUCCACCCGCAGCACCGUCGACGCCCUUGCUCCCUGGAGCAACGAUGUGGAGAGCCACCGAAAGAUGGUCUUUGACCGUCUCCCUCGAUACCAGGCACAUUUGGACGACGUAGCAGAGUACUACGCAACCGGGCAUGACAUGGUACAGCCUCUAUUCGAUGAAGCCUUAUUCAAGUCCUGCUCCCCCAAGGACAAUGUAUCUUUGAUGUUCUGCGGCACCGGCGACGCCCGCAACCUCUUUAUGACACUCCUUGUCGUUUCUGUCUUCGACAUGCAAAGUCCGACAAAACAGGCCUGUAACGACAUCCACAUCACCAUAUUAGAUCUCAAACCGGCAGCAAUAGCCCGGACACUUAUCUUCUUCGACAUGCUGGUCAUUUUCGCCCAUCUCAGAUCUCGCAAAACGCCCGGGAUUGAAGAUGAGCCCGCUAUUAUGGCCUACCUCUUCGCCGCGCAGGUCAUCCCAGCAGCCGUGAACAAAAAGCUCCAAGCCCACAUCAACGGGCUGAUUUCUACUCUUGAGACGGACGAAGAAGUGUUUGAUUGGCUCUUUGUGCCUGAAUCUACCCGGAAACAAGUCGUAUAUGUCCUCAAGCAGUGGCAGAAACCCCUGCAGGCCAACUACUACAGCGCGCCCGUCAUCCGGCGCACAGUCAAGCACAGAUUGACCGCGCAAAGAUUCCAGCGAAUUGCAAUGUACGGCCAAUCUCUUGCCAAGGAUACGCUCCCAGGGUUUGAGAGGGACCGCAAGAUCUUUGACGAGCUGGCAAUCCUGCUUCCAACCGAGGAUUUUGCGCGCCGUCGCGAUCCUCCGCUGGUUGCGCUCAUGGACGAGUACGAUAAGACGGGGUCAAGAGAGGUCAUCAACCAGAUCCGCUCGCACGUCGAUGCAGCUUGGGUGACGAACCUGACGCUCAUUGACUUUGACCAUGUCGAAUCUCUCAUAGCAUACAAGGAGAAUGGGCUCGGCGAGAAAGUAUCCACCGAUGAAGAUAGGGUCCCUACGAUCGAAAGCGAUCCUCUUGAACUUGUGCACAUGCUCCCGAACGAUAGCCAGGACAUGGGAGUACUGGACAUGGUCGGCGGUUUCUUUGCGUCCGUUUCUUAUGGUCUCAUUCAGCUCUCUGGUAGACUAACGAUAGAAGCUUUGGCUGGAGAGAUGACUGACACCAUGGACCGGAUCCGCUGGGGCUGUCUCGAGGCCCGAUCGCGGCCGGCUGGAGGCAUUGAUCCUUCCGAAUUCCCCCGCAAAUAUGACCGCAUCCACAUGAGCAACAUUCCUGACUACGUCGGAGGACUCCUCACGGCAGCCAUGUACGGGCGCCCAUUGCUUCGCGAAGAGAGCACAUCCAAUCUCCGCCUCACCGUCCUCCUCAAUCCGCCCGAGUUCGGGUCUCACGAGCACUUCCAGGCCGAAUAUAUGAUGAUGCACGACAAGAAGCGCAUCGCGGAUCAUUUCUCCAUUGCCCGAAUCGUCAGCCCACAUGCAGAGCAGCCAAGUCCAGAACGGGACGAGGUGCUCAGCUCAAUGAACCUGUCCGACGCGGGGAGGCGGUUCAUGAGCGAAGGCUACAUUGUCUGGGAGAAGUGCCCUGUCAAGAAGCUCUCUCGGGGCAAGGAUAUGCUGCCGCGUCCGGCGCUGGAGAAGUGGCUCCACGCCCUGUUCCUCAAAACCUGCGUCCCGUAUCCCCGCGAGAAGUGGACCGGGAGCCCCGUCUACUCGCCGCUCAACCUGACCGCCUGGAUGCGCCUGGUUGCCCACUUGGCAGACCUCUGCUACCCGGCCCACUGGCUGUCGGGAGUCGUCUCGGCCCUCUGUGGGGACACCAUCACGACUACCGCUAGCUUCCCGCGGAGGCUCGUGACCUCUCCGGCCGACGUCGACGCGACGCUGCCCGCCCACAGCGUUCGGGUUUCUCCGUGGACAGCCGAGUUCACGACGCUCUUGAGCAUCUGGAGCCGUCUGCUGCCAUUCGGGUUCGUCGCUCCCCCGAGGGCCUUGGUGCCUCCGGCCGAGCUUGCCGAGUUCGCCAUCUCCUUUCCAGCAUUUGAGGACCUGCAGCUGCGCGUCCCGCACUUUGUGCUGCUGUUCUGGAAGUCGCCGUCUGAAAAAUACGAGGCUCCCCCAAGCGGCACCGCACUCUGGCAGAUCCUGCGAGAAGACGACGAGGGCAGAGGGUGGGCCGUUCCCUUGACGAAGCGGAACAAGAUCAAGGCCGAGUGCCUGCGCAUCUUCACGGCGGUCACUUACGUCGCGGCCACGCGCACUGCGUCGUUCUGGUGCCGGAAGGAUGUCGUGCAGCUGAUGAGAGACGGCGGGUGGAAGGUCUUUUUCUGGAGGAAGGACACUUGGACGCAAGUCACGAAGGGUGUCGACGUGAAGGACGGGGUGGUCAUGAGGGGGCUUUGGAGCGAGUAGACUUACUUGGGCUGGGUUUAGCGUUAUUGGUGGGAGUUUGUGCAGUAAGUCAAUGGUAACGAGCCGAUUGCGCUGAUGGGGCCGAUUAUUACGGCAAUAAGAGGUCCCGGGUACCGGACUGGUUGUAAGGAAUGCCUAGUGGGACUAAGAAUAUGAUCACCGUAGCUUAGAACGAGUACUCAUAUCGUUAUCAAACCAAGUAAAAU